CCUUCCUUCCUUCCUUCCUGCCUUUGCUGCCGCCGCUGCUGUCUUCCUUCUCUAUUCCACCAGCGCGCUCGCCCGCUGCGCUUUACGGCGAACGUUGGUAAGCGUUUUGAUGAGAGCGACUGGACGUCGUCUGCUGCCGCUGCUCCCUCCUCUUCUUCCCUGACUCGCUUCACUGCCCCCGCUCGCUCGCUCGCUCGCUCGCACGCACGCACGAUCCUUCCUUCCUUUCAUCAUCCGCUGCCCUUCUCCUCCUCCUCUUCCUCCUCCUUUCCCUCCCUCCCUCUCCUCUCCUCUCCUCUCCUCGUCCUGGCCUCCGUCGCGCUUGCAUGCCAUAGCGCUCGCUCGCUUCGUCGGUCGCUUUCUUUUCUCCCGCGUUUGUGAGGGGAAAGCGACUGCAGAGAGCUGCCUGCGCUCGCUCGCUCUUUUAUCGUCUCCCCCCUCUCCCCUCUCCCCUCUCCCCGCCCCCCCCUCACCCUCACCCUCACCCUCGUGCCCCGCCCCUCGCUCGUCGCACCUGCAGACGAGACGCAUACUUCAAACGCUGGGCUCGACCUCCUGCUGCUCGUGCUGCUGCUGCUGCUGCUCGUGGUCGUGGUGUCGCUCGGGAGCGCGUGGCGCGGCUCUAGUGUGGCGGGGGUUCCAGUGUCGACGACGGAGGAGGAGGGCCCGACGCGGUAGCCGAAGAGUAGUGAGGACAGAUUGCUGGUGGAGGUCGUAGGGUGGCGGAGCUUUGGCCGACAUCGUUCUUGUGCGGGGUUUUGCACCGUAGGAAAGAGUUCGGGGGCCGCGAGGGUCGACGCUGCCUGUCGCUCGGGUGCCUGAUCUGCGAGUUGUGGUGGCAAAGAAGGGUUCUCGCGAGAAGGGUAUUCAAGAUGCGCAGUCGCCCGCUGGCUAGCUCUAGUGCGGCGUGGAGUCUUGUUAGCGAUUUCUCUUCCCCCUCCUCUUGCAACCUCGUCUCGAUUGAAUUUGCGGCGCCUAUCUUGAAGACUGUGUAGGUCGCACUGUCGUUUAGAGCACCGAGCGCGAGUUCGAAAGGCGGCGGGCUAACUUUCUUUGUAGGUGUGUUUUGAGAGCCCCUCGAGUGCAAUGGAGGGAGGGUCGAUGUCCACUGACCCUCGCACUGUGGAAGAAGUCUUCAAGGAUUUCAAAGGCCGGCGAGCGGGAAUGCUCAAAGCCCUGACCUCCGACGUCGAGGAAUUCUUCCUCCAGUGCGAUCCAGAGAAGGAGAAUCUGUGUCUUUAUGGCUUUCCUGACGAAGGAUGGGAAGUCAAUCUUCCUUCAGAGGAAGUACCACCUGAGCUCCCAGAGCCCGCUUUGGGGAUCAACUUUGCAAGAGACGGCAUGCUGCGGAAAGAUUGGUUGUCACUUGUCGCCGUCCACAGCGACGCGUGGCUUCUUGCUGUCUCGUAUUUUUAUGGCGCUCGACUUGACAAAAAUGAGAGAAAACGGUUAUUCAACAUGAUAAACGAGCUGCCCACUGUUUUUGAUGUGGUCACUGGGAAGAAGCCCGUGAAGGAGAAAACUAGUGUGAACAACACUGGUGGUGGAAACAAGGCCAAGUCCACUGGUUCGAAAGUGACGACUUCUCAUCACGAUAACCUGAAGGCAAAUAUGCAUCGAGCCGCUGAAGUUCAGGCCAAACCCCAAAAGCCUCCUCCAGCUCCUCCUAAGGACGAAGAAGAAACUUUGGAAGAGGACGAUGAGGAGCACGGCGACACGUUCUGUGGAAGCUGUGGAGGAAACUAUACCGCCGAUGAGUUUUGGAUAGGCUGUGAUAGCUGUGAAAAGUGGUUCCACGGAAAAUGUGUGAAGAUAACUCCAGCGAGAGCAGAGCACAUUAAACACUACAAGUGUCCGUCGUGCAGCAACAAAAGGGCGCGUACGUAAUGUACUGGGCUGCAGUUAUUUUGUAGCUUUAGGGGCAAGUGCCUUCCGCAACAGUACCCUUGUAAUGACACGCAUUGUUCUUGGCCGCUAGCCGUGGGCAGCCCGUGGGGUACAGCAUUUUCUACACAAGUUUCUCAAUUGAUUUUGGAAGGGGGAGGGCUGGUAGCCACUAUCAUUCGUAGUGUAGGAUAGGCAACCUACAUGACAUCUCCACCGGGAUCAGUGGCCCUGAGUCUGUAAUCUUUGUUAGUAAUCUCAAUACUCUUUGUCUUACCGCUCAUCUCUGUAAGACUUCUGGUGUGCAUGGGCUCUGCACACGUUUUUAAGUUUCAAGAAGUUAACCUAGUUUCGGUCGAUCAGGUGGUCUAAACUUGCAUCUAAAGUUGUUGGGCUUGGUUCUCCUUCUUUGUUUGCCAUGUACUUAAGUUCCCCGAGGCAUGCCCGAUAUUAGCGGAAUGAUGAUUGGCUGAGUCGUGCUGUGCUACAUUUGCUGUGCAGCCUCGCAGCUCUCAUGACCAACUAUGACGGGCUUUCGUGGCUGCCUGCAUGAUCGUUCAGCCGAGUGGAUUUGCAUUCUACGCACAAGACCUGGCAACUAGGCUUCAGGAAUAUAUGCAGAAGGUGAUACAGAUUGUAAAUGGAUUGGAUGGACCAUUUAUGUGAAGCUCUGUGAAUAAUUCUUGUAAACUUUGGGCUUGUUAGUAUUUCG